AUGGGGAUUGCGUGUUGGUUGUGGGACACCGCGACGGGAGUGGCAGGAACGGGCGGAGCGGGAGAAGCGGAAGGAGCGGGAGGCGCGGCAGCCGAAAGCCGGACCGGCAAGCCGUCUGAGGAUGCGAAUUUGGCGGUGACAGCAACCGGACGCCACGCAGCGCCGGCGUUGGCGAUUGACAUCCGCGGCGGCGGCAGCAGCAGCGGCGCGUUGGGCGGCGACGGGGAUAAAGCAGCGUCGGUACGGACGGCGCUGUACCCAUCGGCGCGCAGUGAAGGCGGUGGCGGCGAGCGGAGCGUGCGCGACGUGCUAAUCGUGGAAGGGGGAAGGCCGCCCGCGGAUGCGGGGCAUGCCCGAGGCGGUGUGUUCCGCAAGAAGCAGCGGCGGGGGAAGGGCAAGCGGAGCGUGUUCGUGUACGAGCUGGUGCGCGCGCCCGCGGGGGGAGGCGGCGGGGAUUAUGGGGGCCGCGGAUUGCCGCGCGCGAGAACAGCAGGCGCCGCGGAGAGUGGCAGUGCUGGGUUGUGGGGGACGGACGGCGCGGAAGGAGUGGCGGAGGGAGCAAUGGGAAAGGCGCAGGGUUGGCAGCAGCGGUCGCUGGAUCGAAGUGACACGCAGAGCGACAUUGCUGACGUGGACGAACGGCGAAGGGAGAUGGAGAAAUAUCUGACGGAGAAAUUAAGGCGAGAAUCGGGUCCGAAGGAAAUGGGGCGAAAGGAGAAAGAGGUUACGAGAGAGGAAAGGGAAAGUGGCGGCUCGGAAGGGGAGCAGCACGAACGGGAGAACGGUAGCGGCGGCGGCGGAAGUUGGGGGUUGCGAGUCGCUGAUGAUGACGACUCGUUAGGAGCAAGCGGGCGCGCUUGUAAUACGUACGGGGGCUGUGACGAAGGAAACAACAGCUGGCGCGAUACAAGCAGCGAAGGGGAGGCAGCGGGGAUUGACCAGUGGGACCUGGACGCAGAUAUCGAGGAGCACCAUAGCGAGGAUGAAAGCAGCGCUGUGCUGUCCGCCGCCACGAGCGGCGACGGGGGCGAUCCGUGGGGCGUUGGGGGCAGCAGUGGCAGCGAGGAGCAGCGAGCGCUGCAGCGGCAGGGGCGAGACAAAGGACUAGUGAUAGACUUGGGAGUGGAUGGGGAGGAGUUGGGAGUGGUGAGGAGGGACGAGGAUUGGUUUGAAGAGGCGGAGGGCGUGUUGCUGGUGGACGAAGGGCGUGUCGUGCCUCGGGAGUCAGACGGUGGCGAGCGCGGCAGAAACGGAGAAUGGGGAAGGUCGCGAAGCUGUGUGGAAGCGUCUGUCCGCCAAGCCAGCAGGGCGGCCGUUGCCCGCGCUGCAGCGGACGCGCAGGCAGGCAGGAGAGGCGACGGUAGCGAUGGCAGUGGGAGUGACGGCAGCACCGGCCGUGGCAGCGACAGCAGCAGCAGGCACAGGGAAGGUGGGCGGCCCGUGCUGCUGCGGUGCGAGGGCGUGCGGGGGAGCAACCGCGUCCGCGCGUUUGAUCCCAGCGAGUACCUGCCUGCGCCCACAGCACCCGCAGCACCUGCAGCACCCGCAGCAGCACCCACAGCACCCACAGCUGCAGGUGGCGUGCCUGCGAGCGAGCACCACUGCGUGAGUGCAGGUGCAGGUGCGAGUUGGAACACACCCACGGCAGCCGGUGCAGCCGCUGUGCCAGAGGGCCGUGAGACUGCAGCGCAGGGAGGUGCGAGGGCGAGGGCACGCCAGGGAGAUGACGCGGCGGCGACGUCAGCAGCGGCGGGAAAGAGCCAACACGUGUCGGCAUGGUGGCAAUUCGGUGGGGCUGAUAAGAGCGCUGAUAAGAGCGACAGCAGCGGGCAGGCCGGCAGACGGAAGAGCACAGGUGGUGGAGUGAGCAGCGGAGUGCAUGGGGGUCGGUCCCGGCCGUUGGGACCCCCACCCACGCCCCAGAGCCCUGACCACGACGCAUGCAUGGAAAGCCGCACCUCGCACUUGAUAUCACCACCGGCUCUCCCCUCGCACGCAUCAGCAGCGUCAUCGUCCCGCCUACUGCCCUCCCCACGCCUCCCGCCCUCCCGGCGCCUCCCGCCGUCCCCCGGCCUGAGGAGGCAGCAAUCCGCUGCGGCUUCGCUUGCUGCGGUGGAGGCGAGUCAACGGCAGCGUGAGAGGCAGGCUGAUUUGACUGCACGAGCAGGCAAGCAGAGCAGGGGAGCGCGGGAGGAGUGCGGGCGAGCGGCGGUGGUUUUCCACAAGAGCAGCAGCACUGGCAGCAGUGGGGGGGGAGGAGGUGUCAGUGGCACCGGCAGUGGCACCAGCACUGGCAGCAGCCAGGACACAUCGAGCACUUCGGUUUCAGCUUCGGCCAAGCCUAGGCCUCUGAGCCGUGCCAACUCUGCCGCCCCAGCGCUCCUGCACCCACAGCCCAUCUUGCUGGCUGGUGGGAAGCGAUUCAGCACCCGCUGCCCUGCCGCUGCGGCUGCUGCUGCCGCCGCCGCUGCAGUUGUUGCAAACGGCGGUGGUGCUAAUGCUGCUGUUGCUGCAACGGCUGCCAAUGGUGCUGGUGCUGUUGCUGCUGCCAAUAGCGGUGGUGGUGGUGGUGCUGCUGCUGCUGCUGCUGCUGCUGCGACUGGGAAAGCAAGAGCAGGGAGAGCAGCAGAGGCAGCAGGGAUAGCAGGAGGGAAGGGAGCAGUGGGCCUCAAAGCGAGCGCUGUGGUUUACCACCCGCCCUUCAGCAGCUAUCGUCACCAGGCUGACGUGGCAGCCCAGGAGGAGGAAGCGAGUCUGAGGGAGCUGGAGCAGCAGCUGGAGAGAGAGAGGAGGAGGAGGGAGGAGGAGGAGGAGGAAGACUUGUUGGCAGAGGCUGGUGAGAGGGGAGUGAGGGAGGUAAGAGUGAGGGAGGGCGAGUGGGAGGAGGGAGGUGCUUGGAUGGUGAAGAUGCCCGGAAGGGGGGAGUCAAGGAGGCUGGAGGAGCUUUGUGAGACGGUUGGGAUGGGUGCUGGUGGGGUGGGGAUGGGAUUGGAUGGGGUGGAGAUGUGCUUGGAGUUGGAAAGAGGGGUGGUGAGCAUUGGGCCUAGUGUGGGAGGUAGAGGAGGGAUGGGAAGGAGCUUGAGCAUGGGAAGGGGGUUGCUGGGGUUGAGUCCAAAUGCGAAGCCGGAUGCGAGAGGGAGAGAGAGAAUGGGGGCAAUGCAAGGAGCGAGAGAGCAUGCUGUCAUAUCACCAGCGCUUGUACCUCCUCCCAUGCGACGAUCCUGCACAGACACACGGCAGGAGAGGCGGGCGAGGGAGCAGCUGGAGAAGAUGGGUGCGUGUGUGAAACAAGAUGUGGGAAUGGAAGCAGCAGCGGCGCCACCCAUGCGACGGUCCCGCACUGACACAAGGCAGGAGAGGCAGGCAAGGGAGCAGCAGGAGCAGAGGGAGCAGUUGGAGCAGAUGGGAGAGGGGGAUGAGGGCAGGGCAGCAGGCAAUGACACCAGCAGUGAGGGGAGGUGGCAGAAGAAGCAAAGGGUGCAGCAGAGGGGAAGCAGGCAGCGGGCGGGUGUUGCGGCGAGGCAAGACAUAGCCGAGCCGGCGCUUGGAGAAACAGGAGGGGGUGUCUCGGCGCAGAGAGGGGGACCUGCUCAUCCGCACGCAUGCUCUGUGAGUCCCGUGGGUGGGGCGGGGGAAGGUGAGGAGAGGGGUGGUUGUGAUUGUGUCUCCUGGCAAGUUGCUGAAGCCUGUGUGGCAGGAGGUGUGUGCUUUGCUGUUGAUGUCGUCUCAUCCCUUCUUCACUGCUAA